AUGGAGAGAGGCCCUGUGGAGGAGGAGGAGGGGGAAGAUGAUGAGGAUGAUGAAGAGGAGGCAGAGUUGGCUCGUACGUUGGGUCUGUCCUCGCUGGACUUCAGUGUGCUGCAGGAGCUGCUGCUCAGACACAUGAACCGUAAGAGCUACUGACCAGCACUGACCGCAUUUAUAACUCGGACACAGACCAUCUCUCUCUCUCUCUCUCUCUCUCUCUCUCUCUCUCUCUCUCUCUCUCUCUCUCUCUCUCUCUCUCUCUCUCUCUCUCUCUCUCUCAGUGAGGGUCUUUGAGCUGCAGCACUUGGUGGUGUGUCUGGUCAAGGAGAGGGAGGAUCAGCUGAGGUCGGUGCUCAACGACCUGCAGGUGGGGUUAUGUUCAGGUCAAGCACCAGCUUUCCCACGACCCCAUCUUAACCUCAGCACUCAAACAAUGCUGAAUUAAAGUGUUUACUGUGCACUGUGUCCCAUCAUGGAAGCCUUAUGCCCAACACACAGUGUUCUCUCUCACUCUCUCUCUCUCUCUCUCUCUCUCUCUCUCUCUCUCUCUCUCUCUCUCUCUCUCUGUCUCUCUCCAUCUGUAGGAGUGCAAGGAGUGUCUGGAGUCUGAGAUGCAGGUUCUCAAGGCUUCCAGGGAGAGCCUGGACUGUCAGCUCCACACCCUCACAAUGCAACCACUGCUGUUCCACACAGACAGAGGUGACAGAGAGAGGAAGGAGAGCGAGAGAGGAUUAUGUGUAUAUUUAAAGAGAGAGGGGAAAGGGAUGAUAACGGGAGAGAUGAGUGACAGAGAGGGGGAGAGAAAAAUGAGUGUGAAUGAGAGAUGGAAAAUGAGUGUGAGAAAGAGAGGGAAUGAGAGGGAAGUGAGAGAUGGAGGGAAAGAAAAAGAGAGAGAUGGGAGUGGGAGAGAGCGAGACAGGAAAGAGGGGGGAUUCAUUUCUUAACAGCAGUUCCAUUGAAGCAGUUUUAUAAAUUAAACCUGAUUAGUAGAUUACUACAUCCAGUUGGAGGGGAUGAGGGUGUUUACUGCUCGGGCACUUUCCAUUCACACUCUGUGACACAAACAAACACACACACAUACUUUCUGUUUAGUACCAAUGCUCUUGCGUGUCUGAAUGCACACAUAAACCCACACACUCACUCACACACACACGUUUGGUAUUCAAAAUCCGAUUUUUCCUAACCCUUAAACCUAACCCUAACAUUAAUCCUAACCCAAACCUUAACUCAUAAUCCUAAACCUAACCCUAAUUCUAACCGUUACCCUAAAAUAGCCUUUGUCCUCAUGGGGACUUGGGAAAUGUUCCCACGUGGGAGAAUUGUCCUUGUUUUACUAUCCUUUUGGGAUUUCCGGUACCCACAAGGAUAGUAAUAUAAGCCCACACACACAAUCAUACAAACACAAACACGCAACACAUGUUCCCAUGUAUUGGGUAAUAAGCUCAAACCGGAGGUUUGGAAUAAUUUGCUUGCUAUGAGUCCAAUCCCUUUCAUUGUGCUAAUCUCCAUCAGGGUGUUAGGUCUACACCUAGCCAAGCCAGGGAGGGUUACAGUUGGGGAACAGCAGGGCUGGAGUUGGAAUCAGUUAGUUAGUGGACCAUGGUAGAGAUCACAGUAGUGUUUUGUUCCAGACAAUAGACUCUCUUACCCUCCUAUCAGCUCUAUCAUCCUUUCCUUGUCCCUGUCAGGUGGUGACUGGUUUAAAAUGAUAGUACAGGAUCCAGCCUCAUGUUAGGUAUUCACUGUAUUGAUGUCACCUAUUGUACAGUUCAUUCAGAUCAGGGAUCAGGAAGGAAUGGAGAAUAAGAAAAAGAUAGAUGUAGAAUAUGGUAACAGAAAUAUGAUUUUUAUUCAAUAGAAAGAGUUACAGUAUUUACAGAACUGACCUAGCCCUGUCUCUAGGUAACAGGCUUCUGCAGAAACAGGCUCCGCCCAUUGUUGCCCUGACUAAGUGAUGAGCAGAGCCGCACAGGAAGAAGGGAACCUCAGGUAACCAUAGCAACCAGCCAGGGGUUGUGUGAGAACGGACAGUGACUGAGUAGAUUAACAUCUGUAUGUGUCAGCAAAAUUAUGAAGUGCCCCUAGUAUCCACAACCCACCCUUUGAAGUUCCCUUUGUAGGGAAGUUGUAGUUUUUCAGAAUGGAACCAAGCCUGAGUACCACAGCAGCCAUAUUGACAGUAGUGGUAACUUGUGACUGAGAUGCUGCUGUGAUAAUGAUGAUGGAUAGGAUUUACAUGGUGUUUUUCCAAGAGCUCAAAGAGAUUUACAUUGUAACAGGAAACCUAGCUCAGCCAGUGUGCUAAUGUGUGAUGUAGCUCGCUGCUAGAUCGCAGGAGGGGCGGGCAACUUCCCUUCUACAUAUUGAUCCUCUUCUAUUCGUAGGCUCUGGGAGAUGUGAAGAUGAGGAGGAUGAUGAAGAUGAAGCCCGGGAGACAGAAGGGGCCGUCGGUUGGCAGCUUUACACGUUUGUUUUUGUUCUGUUUGGGGAUUUGAGUGUUCCUUUGGUUUUGGGGCGGUUUUAUUUGUUUCGAGCGAUGAGUCAGUUCUCGCAGCUUUCAGUCUUUUGUAAACUGUUGCUAUGCUAAUACAGUAUGAGUGUGCGCGCAGUAGAAUGCUGCUUAGUUAGCAGCUUUGGUAUUGGACACGGCACUACAACACCGGAGCAGUGUGUAUGUAUAGUCUAUGUAGCAGCAUGUACAGGCUUUGUUAAAUGUUUUCUUAACAUUGUAAUGAACACACUAGAAUGUAUGUUUACUUUCCAACCACUGAAGCAAAUAUAUACAUUCCAUUUCCUAUCCUGAGCCCACGUGUUGUUCCUUGCACUGGCCACACAGGAGCUUUUGAUCUAGAUAUUGUAAUUCUGUGUUAUAACGCUGGGUGAGGAAGGUAUAAAGGGCAGUUUCUAAAGUAAAGCACAGUACUGAAAUGCGUAAUGGAACAGUUCUGUUUCCAUGGUUCUGUUCUCAUUCACUGUAAACAGACAGAUCUGUUUACAUUCUGUUAGGUCUUUGAAUGGACAGGAACAUUCUGUUAGGUCUUUGAAUGUACAGGAACAAUCCGUUAGGUCUUUGAAUGGACAGGAACAUUCCGUUAGGUCUUUGAAUGGACAGGAACCCAAUCAAUAAAUGGUACUCCAAGCUCUUUCUCUACCAACAUGUACUCUGUACAGUCUGUGGUCUGCUCUGUGUGUGCUUUUGGCUGUUGUUUUGGGUAAUGAUGUGGAACACCAGAAUCAAACCCAUGUACUCUACCUAUUAGAGUGUAAGUCAUGCUCAUCACAAGUUCUCAUUUAAACUGCGACCUGGCCAAGAUAAAGCAAAGCAGUGCGAUAAAAAACAACAACAACACAGAGUUACACAUGAGAUAAACAAAACAUACAGUCAAUAACACAAUAGAAGAUCUAUAUACAGUGUGUGCAAAUGUAAUAAGUUAUGGAGGUAAGGCAAUAAAUAGGCCAUAGUGCAAAAUAAUUACAAUUUAGAAUUAACACUGGAGUGAUAGAUGUGCAGAAGAUGAUGUGCAAAUAGAGAUACUGGGAUGCAAAUGAGCAAAAUAAAUAACAAUAUGGGGAUGAGGUAGUUGGGUGGGCUAAUUACAGAUGGGCUGUGUACAGGUGCAGUGAUCGGUAAGCUGCUCUGACAACUGAUGCUUACAGUUAGUGAGGGAGAUAAGAGUCUCCAGCUUCAGAGAUUUUUGCAGUUCGUUCCAGUCAUUGGCAGCAGAGAACUGGAAGGAAUGGCGGCCAAACGAGGUGUUGGCUUUGGGGAUCACCAGUAAGCUAUACCUGCUGGAGCGCAGACUACGGGUGGGUGUUGCUAUGGUGACCAAUGAGCUAAGAUAAGGCAGGGAUUUGCCUAGCAGAGAUUUAUAGAUGACCUGGAGCCAGUGGGUUUGGCGACGAAUAUGUAGGGAGGGCCAGCCAACGAGAGCGUACAGGUCACAAUGGUGGGUAGUAUAUGGGGCUUUGGUGCCAAAACGGAUGGCACUGUGAUAGACUACAUCCAAUUUGCUGAGUAGAGUGUUGGAGGCUAUUUUGUAAAUGACAUCGCUGAAGUCAAGGAUCGGUAGGAUAGUCAGUUUUACGAGGGCAUAUUUGGCAGCAUGAGUGAAGGAGGCUUUGUUGCGAAAUAGGAAGCCAAUUCUAGAUUUAACUUUGGAUUGGAGAUGCUUAAUGUUAGUCUGGAAGGAGAGUUUAUGGUCUAACCAGACACCUAGGUAUUUGUAGUUGUCCACAUAUUCUAAGUCAGACCCGCCGAGAGUAAUGAUUCUAAUCGGGCGGGAGGGUGCAAGCAGCGUACGAUUGAAGAGCAUGCAUUUAGUUUUACUAGCGUUUAAGAGCAGUUGGAGGCUACGGAAGGAGUGUUGUAUGGCAUUGAAGCUUGUUUGGAGGUUUGUUAACACAGUGUCCAAUGAAGGGCCAGAUGUAUACAAAAUGGUGUCGUCUGCGUAGAGGUGGAUCUGAGAGUCACCAGCAGCAAGAGUGACAUCAUUGAUAUACACAGAGAAUAGAGUCGGCCCGAGAAUUGAACCCUGUGGCACCCCCAUAGAGACUGCCAGUGGUCCAGACAACAGGCCCUCAGAUUUGACACAUUGAACUCUAUCUGAGAAGUAGUUGGUGAACCAGGCGAGGCAGUCAUUUGAGAAACCAAGGCUAUUUAGUCUGCCAAUAAGAAUGCGGUGAUUGACAGAGUCGAAAGCCUUGGCCAGGUCGAUGAAGACGGCUGCACAGUACUGUUUUUUAUCGAUCGCGGUUAUAAUAUCGUUUAGGACCUUGAGCGUGGCUGAGGUGCACCCAUGACCAGCUCGGAAACCAGAUUGCAUAGCGGAGAAGGUACGGUGGAAUUCGAAAUGGUCGGUGAUCUGUUUGUUAACUUGGCUUUCAAAUACUUUCGAAAGGAAGGGCAGGAUGGAUAUAGGUCUGUAACAGUUUGGAUCUAGAGUGUCACCCCCUUUGAAGAGGGGGAUGACCGCGGCAGCUUUCCAAUCUCUGGGGAUCUCAGAUGAUACGAAAGAGAGGUUGAACAGGCUAGUAAUAGGGCGGCAGGUAGCUUAGUGGGUAAGAGUGUUGUGCCAGUAACCGAAAGGUUGCUGGUUCUAAUCCCCGAGCCGACUAGGUGAAAAAUCUGUCGAUGUGCCCUUAAGCAAGGCACUUAACCCUAAUUGCUGAUGUAAGUUGCUCUGGAUAAGAGCGUCUGCUAAAUGACUAAAAUGUAAAAUGUGUUGCUACAAAUUUGGCGGCUAAUUUUAGAAAGAAAGGGUCCAGAUUGUCUAGCCCAGAUGAUUUGUAGGCGUCCAGAUUUUGCAGCUCUUUCAGAACAUCAGAUAUCUGAAUUUUGGUGAAGGAGAAGCGGGGGGGGCAUGGGCAAGUUGCAGUGGAGGGUGCAGCGCUGGUGGCCGGGGUAGGGGUUGCCAGGUGGAAAGCAUGGCCAGCCGUAGCAAAAUGCUUAUUGAAAUUCUCGAUUAUCAUAGAUUUAUCGGUGGUGACAGUGUUUCCUAGCCUCAGUGCAUUGGGCAGCUGGGAGGAGGUGCUCUUAUUCUCCAUGGACUUUACAGUGUCCCAAAACUUUUUGGAGUUAGUGUUACAGGAUGCAAAUUUCUGUUUGAAAAAGCUAGCCUUUGCUUUCCUAACUGAUUGUGUAUAUUGGUUCCUGACUUCCCUGUAAAGUUGCAUAUCGCGAGGGCUGUUCGAUGCUAAUGCAGUACGCCACAGGAUGUUUUUGUGCUGGUCAAGGUCAGUCAAGUCUGGGGCGAACCACGGGCUAUAUCUGUUCUAAGUUCUGAAUUUUUUGAAUGGGGCAUGCUUAUUUAAGAUGGAGAGGAAAGCACUUUUAAAGAACAACCAGGCAUCCUCUACUGACGGAAUGAGGUUCAAUCUCCAUCCAGGAUACCCAGGCCAGGUCAAUUAGAAAGGCCUGCUCGCUGAAGUGUUUUAGGGAGCGUUUGACAGUGAUGAGGGGUGGAUGUUUGACCGCGGACCAAUUACGGACGCAGGCAAUGAGGCAGUGAUCGCUGAGGUCCUGGUUGAAGACAGUGGAGGUGUAUUUAGAGGGUAAAUUAGUCAGGAUGAUAUCUAUGAGAGUGCCCAUGUUUACGGAUUUAGGGUUGUACCUGGUAGGUUCCUUGAUAAUUUGUGUGAGAUUGAGGGCAUCUAGUUUAGAUUGUAGGACGGCCGGGGUGUUAAGCAUAUCCCAGUUUAGGUUACCAAGCAGUACGAACUCUGAGGAUAGAUGGGGGGCAAUCAAUUCACAUAUGGUGUCCAGGGCACAGCUGGGGGCUGAGGGGGGUCUGUAGCAAGCAGCAACAGUGUGAGACUUAUUUCUGGAAAGGUGGAUUUUUAGAAGUAGAAGCUCAAACUGUUUGGGCACAGACCUGGAUAGUAUGAUAGAGCUCUGCAGGUAUCACUACAGUAGAUUGCAACUCCGCCCCCUUUGGCAGUUCUAUUUAGACAGAAAAUGUUGUAGUUGGGGAUGGAAAUUUCAAAGUUUUUGGUGGCCUUCCUAAGCCAGGAUUCAGACACUGCUAGAACAUCAGGGUUGGCGGAGUGUGCUAAUGCAGUGAAUAAGUCAAACUUAGGGAGGAGGCUUCUGAUGUUAACAUGCAAGAAACCAAGGCUUUUACGGUUACAGAAGUCAACAAAUGAUAGCGCCUGGGGAGUAGGAGUGAUACUGGGGCUACAGGGCCUGGGUUAACCUCUACAUCACCAGAGGAACAGAGGAGGAGUAGAAUAAGGAUACGGCUAAAGGAUUUAAGAACUGGUCUUCUAGUGGGUUGGGUACAGAGAAUAAAAGGGGCCGAUUUCCGGGCGUUGUAGAAUAGCUUCAGGGCAUUAUGUACAGACAAGGAUAUGGAAGGAUAUGAGUACAGUGGAGGUAAACCUAAGCGUAGGGUAACGAUGAAAGAGAUAGCAUCACUGGAGGCACCGAUUGAGCAGGUUUCCGCGUGUAUGGGGGGUGGGACAAAGGAGCUAUCUGAGGCAGGUUGAGCGGGACUGGGGGCUCUACAGUGAAAUUGUAUAAUAAGAACUAACCGAAACAGCAAUAGGCAAGGCAUAUUGACAUGGGAGAGAGGCAUAAAAUAAUCACAGGUGUUAUUCGAGAGAGCUAAGACAACAACUGGUAAUGGCAACGAAAGUUUGGGCUGAGGCUAAACAGAUAAACAGGACAGAUAAACAGGAUGGGGUACCAUGUAAAGGAACAGUCCAGCAGGCAUCAGCUGUUUAGCUGAGUGAUCAUAAGGUCCAGUGAAUAGCAAAAGGAGAGUCUGGGAGCAGUUCGAUGGCUGCUAUUGCACAGGGUAGCAGGAGGCACGGCUGUUGAUUGCGUGUGCUAGCGGGCCGGGGCUAGCAGAUUGAUCUUCGUGGUUGUCGCAACAGGAAGCAUAUUGAAACCACAUCAGACGAUGACGUCGGCAGACCAGUCGUGAUGGAUCAGUGGGAUCCGUGUCGACACUAGGAGGUCCCGUCCGGUUGACAGAGAGGUAGAUAGCCGGGAGAUGGGCCUGGCUCGAGGCUAGCUCAAGGCUAACUGGUGCUUGUUUCGGGGCAGUGGUGAUUAGCCAAUAACAACAUCCAUUCAGUUGCAGCUAGCUAGUUGCGAUGAUCCGGUGUUAAAGGUCCAGUGAUUCAGGCAGAAAAUCCGAUAUGUUCUGGGUCGAUAGCGGCAGGCUGUGACAGGGUGGGACUUGGAUCAACAUUUGGAAAGGAGGGGACAUUUCAGAGUCUGUACUGUACUGUGAACAUUGACUUGGGGGAGAGAUAGGGGUCCAGGAGAUUAUGUGUGUGUGGGGGAAAGGGAGAUAGAGAGCGGUGGGAAGGUAUCAGUAGCUUCACUUGAUUAUCUAAAUCUCCAUAUAACUCAGUCUCUCUCAGGUCCCAUCUGAGCACUUCGGACUGUCACUAAAGAAGCUGGUUUAUAAUUAGUUUAAAGCGUUAAUGCUCAUGAAUAUGUUUAGCUGAUAACGUCACGCACUCAUGAAUAUGUUGAAAUCUUAAGCUGGUUAUGUAAAGUUAAUUACGACAGAGGCUCGUUUCUACACUCAGCGCCUUUUAGUACAGCCAUAGAAAUAGAACACAUAGUGUGUCGAUCAGCAGCAGUAUUUCUACACUGAAUAUGGCCUCAAACGCUCAUUCCACAACACACAAAUAUGAAAAGAGUUGAGACACAUUCAUAAAAUUAUACAAAGGCACACCUUCAUUACCAGUCAAUCUCUCUCUGCCCGCCCUGCAUUCAAACACCACACUAUAUCUGAUGCCCGACUGCACAGUUUGAUAACAUGUCACGCAACAAUUGGUUGAUGCACUUCAAUGCCUUGAACUUGACCUAUCUGUGGAAGGGCGUGUUCCUCUGCCCAGACGUUGCUGACGCAUGCCAGAUCUUACAACACCUGGAUAGGUAUUUUACGUAUCAGAUAACCACAUCAUAUGUUAUAGCAAUCUGUCAGUCGAUGACGUGGCACACAACCAUUGGUUGAUGCAUGCAACGUCUGAGCAGGGGAGUGCGAACUUAGUGUGCUGUCCUCAGCAUGAGGCCUAGUCUACCAACCACACCCAACCUCCUUUGGCCCUGCAGCGAUGGGCUACAUAUGCUGCCACUAAACCGUGCAGUAAUGUGUGUGUGUGUGUGUGUGUGUGUGUGUGCCACUCAGACAGGCCACAGCAGUAGGCAGAGAGAGGCAGCUGGGCGUGAGUAAUGCAUCCAUCCAGGUCCAGGGAAUCUGUGUCAGUCACACUACUGUGGGACUUCAGGCAGACACUCUCUCAUUUACUCUCACUGUUAGAUAUACAUACUUAUACUGCUGGGUGAUGUUCACUAACAAACACUCCUCCUAUUCAAACAUACCCAUAGUCGGUCCAAAAGUGAGCCGUGGGAGUUGGUUUUUACAGUGAGUAUGCAGCUGCAUUGAUUGUCCAGAACUCCUGCUGGAAAGGAUGAGCAGUCAGUCACCAGAUAUAAGAGCAAAGGGAAGCAAAUGGAACAGGCUAGGGCCCAAAGCUCUCAAGGCUUUUUGUCCCAUUCAGUCCACUUCAAAGGGUCAGAGGUUAAUUGGGUAUCAUCCUUAUUCAAUGGCCUAUUAUUAGGAUAGAGGACUGCUGUAUUAACUAUUAUUAUGCCUAUUUUAAAGGGGAGGCUUCCUGCGCUGACCUUUGAGCUAUAAAAGGAUCUCAUGCUGCACGCUGCUCCCCCACAAUGCAUGCACGCUCUUCCCGCCAUGCGGUGUCAUUCCUGAACACGCAGUCAGCUAUCGCGUGUCUUUUGCCUUACCCGCGACGUCAGUGAUUUUUCAACAUCCACGUAGCUUUGGGUUUUCUCUCUCAUUUUUAUAUGCCACAUUCAUGUGCAUAUGGGAAACUCGUAAAUGUCGGACAUGUGUAUAACUGGUUAGUUGUACACGUGCUGUGUUCAACGAAUCAGUAAGUCGGACAUUUCCGAGUUCUGACUAGCAUAUGAACGCGGCAUCAUAGGCUACUAUCCACUCUUUAUACCGGAGGAGCUAGGGCGCGUUCAGCAGGACGUUUUGGAACGUUCAGAUAGAAAUAUGUUAGGCUUAUGUAAAACAAAUAUGCCUCUCUGACAUAAGGAAUCACGUCGGCUAUAUUCACGGCAUGUCUUUCUGCAUCGUUCAAAAACGUUUGGCAACUGAACGUGGCCUUGGGAUGCUGGAUGAAAUGUUUUGAGAGACAGCCGACGUCAUGUGUAGGCGUGGUGUGUGCCAGCCGUGCCGGGUGUGCCUAAAUAAACCCACAGCAGAAGAGUAAAUCCAGUCUGGCCACCACGUUAACGUUUUAGUGGAAUUUAUUAUACAUUUUGCUCAACUUUACCCUCUGCUGCUAGUUAAAAAUAGAUUAAUUAAUAGCAGGCUAUUUGAGAGGAUACAUUUGUAACUCGCCUGCCCGACGGAAAAAAGAGAACGCCCAGCUGUACAGCAUCUCUCAAAUUGAGGUGAGGUGUGCGCUCUCUCUCUCCAACUGAUGUCGAGGCACCGCUGCAGUAGUGGAUGAGAACCAGUCAACCAGAAACGUUUGACAUCUCUAUCGGAGCCCCAAACAGACAAGGCUACCUCUCACUUGAUGACAGACAACAUUUAAGUAAGUUUAUAUGUUGCUAGUUGGCCAGCCCCAUAGCUCUGCUGGCUAAUAAAUGUGUGCUACCUGCGCAAACUCUGACAGGCAGGCAGACUGGAUUCUGCAGAGAGCGACGUCCUCUGAUAUCCGGGUAGUGCUGCCAUCACCUCGCUGUAUGGAUACAUUCGGUUACAUUGUAUCUUCUUUACAGAGUCCGUGUUAAUCACUGUCUAGGCUGCUGAUGUUACAACACGGCCAUAAUAGACUACUGAUCUUCAACUUUUUAGAGCCAGGCAGAUCGGUCAUAAAUAUGGAUGCUGUGGUCUGCAGACGGUGGCGGCUAAUAGCUGAUGUGCUGGUGACAUGUCCAUCUCCAGCUACAGAUGUUGUAAAAGGAAGUUGUGAUUUAUGGGUCUGGACUGUAGCCAACAACGGCUUGUUAACGUUGUGUAUUACAAUGGCUAGUAGCCUAUAUGACAUUCCAGCUACAGAUGUCGUAAAUGGAAGUUGUGAUUUAUGGGUCUGGACUGUAGCCAACAACGGCUUGUUAACGUUGUUUAUUACAAUGGCUAGUAGCCUAUAUGACAUUGGUGCAUGGCAUAUGAUGGCUAGGCACAAUAGACUUGAUCCUUAGUUAGGCUUUAAAAUUGUCGUUAUGUUGCCCAUGCAUCACCAGCCAUAUUCGGUUGACUAUAGGGUGGAGAUGACACGAGCACCGGUGGGGUGUGAUCCCCAGAACUGGGAGCACGCUCGAGACUCUGGCUUAUUGCAUGGGCAUAUUUGCAUGUCACGGGCUGUGCUCUUCAUCAUGGCACCCACCCCAUGGCUAAUGGUGGAACAUUGUGUUUUUAUCAGAAUGACAGCCUACAACUGACUGAUGUGGACACCGGCCUGAUGGUGGGUUGGUACAGAGCUCUACACAGCCGAGGGUGUGGUUGGACACACACACAUCCCAGCCAGCCUGUCAGACUAGCGGCGUAACCCCCCCCCCCUAAUCUCCCACGCAGUCGGGGUGAUUUGACAGCUCAUUAGAGUUGGCCGCUUCGCAUGUCUCUGUCGGGUCCCUUACAGUAGCCUGCUUCCCUCCACCACGCUGUCGAACGGGCUUAGUGUCUGUCGAGACUAGCCUACACUACAGUACUGUAUAUUGCCUGAAGCAGCUGGACGCACAGCCAUUCCAGUAAAUUCAACCACACCUUUGUUUCAUCACAAAACCGGAGAGCAACCUCUAUCUGCUGAAGUCCACAAUGCAUAUAACAAACAGUUACAUGACCUACAGCAUGGUAAAGAAAGUUCAUGUUUCCGACAUUUUCGGACUACUAAACAACUAUUGAUUUAUUUAUUUUAUUUAUUUAUUUUUGUCAUUUAGCAGACGCUCUUAUCCAGAGCGACUUACAGGAGCAAUUAGGGUUAAGUGCCUUGCUCAAGGGCACAUCGACAGAUUUUUCACCUAGUCGGCUCGGGGAUUAGAACCAGCGACCUUUCGGUUACUGGCACUAUGCUCUUAACCACUAAGCUACCUGCCGCCCUAAUAGAUUUAGAACCAUGAAGAGUUACUGCAAGUCGCAAAGAAAACAGGAGCUGCCUCCACUAUUCCAGCACCAUUUCAACUUCAACAUCAUCGAAUCACCUCUGCUUAGUCUAAUACAGUGACAACUAAAAGAUACCAAAAACAAUUUUGUCCAAUCAACGGAAGCUAAAUAUGAUGUGGCUGUCCAUGGUUCUGAUUUGUGUGUGUGUGUGUGUGUUCAUGCAAGCAGAAAAAACGUAUCCUACUUGUAGAGAAAUGCCAUCCUCCUCCAUUUCAUGUUGACAAAACGUCUAUGACUCUGUCAUACAGUACACACUUUUUUAUUUUUUGCUGUCCUAGGCUGCCUGGCUAAAAUGCUUGCUCGCUUGCCGAACUUCCUUUCAUGGGCAAAGUUAGCUAGUUAACAUUAGCCUUCUACAUCUAGCUACAUAUUGAACUUCCAUCCUCUCAGUCCAGGGCCACAAUGUAUUUUAUGGUUGGAUCAGAAUCGCCAUUAUAAUCAUUGGCCAGUACAGAUAAUCCUUCUUUGCCUUCCCUCCCUCACAUUUCACAUGGAGAAGUACUCUCUCCUUGCUUUCAAUGCUGAGUCUGUCUCCCUCACCUCACCUCUGACCUCCUAGCCCUCUCUCCUUAGCCUUGAGAAGGGUUAGAGGUAAGGGAGACCCUCCUAGAAGUAGCCUUCUAAAGGCAGUGAUGGGUUUCAGGGCCACAGACAGACAGGCAGGCAGCAGUGUGGAGUGUACACAGAGAGACAGAGAGACAGAGACAGAGAGAGAGAGAGAGAGAGCACACAGACAGUCACAUGAUGGGCCUGCCAAUGAGCACCCAAACACUGCCUAUUAACGCAGAACAUCCACACCUCUGCAGUACGAUCACACCUUCUCCUAUUUAAAUCCCAUACAUUGCUGCAUCACAUUCAGCAUAGUACCAUCACAUACAGUAGCCAGUAGUUCUUUAAAUAGACUGCAUUACUAGUGUUGAUCCCUGCGCCCCCUCCCUUCACCAAACACUGCAGCGCCCAUCAUGACUUGGACUGUUGUGAAUAUAGUUGUUUGUAUACAUGGUUGCUGUGUAUGAAUGAAUAGACAGUAGCUAUGUGUUUGUAUUGGUCCAGUUAUUGUGUGUAAAUAGGGCUGUUAGUGUGGUUGUAUGUGUACAGGAUCAUUUUAUGAGCGUAUUGUGUCGUUUUGACGGUAUGACAGUUGUUCAUUGUUUUGAGUGAGUAGCAUUGCAAUUAUAGUGUGGUUGUGUUUCAGUGUUAUGUGUGUGUGAAUUGGGUUGCUUUUAUGUUAUUCUUGCCACGUUACCCUGCUCUGCCUGCCGCCCCAUAGGCCUUAGUUACCCAACCUCCUAGCCACUCAACCGUAGCCCUAUAGUUACCCAACCUCCCAGCCACUGAACCAUAGCCCUAUAGUUACCCAACCUCCCAGCCACUGAACCAUAGCCCCAUAGUUAACCAACCUCCCAGCCACUGAACCAUAGCCCUAUAGUUACCCAACCUCCCAGCCACUCAAACCGUAGCCCCAUAGUUAUCCAACCUCCCAGCCACUCAACCGUAGCCCUAUAGUUAACCAACCUCCCAGCCACUCAACCAUAGCCCUAUAGUUACCCAACCUCCCAGCCACUGAACCAUAGCCCCAUAGUUAACCAACCUCCCAGCCACUGAACCAUAGCCCUAUAGUUACCCAACCUCCCAGCCACUCAACCGUAGCCCCAUAGUUAUCCAACCUCCCAGCCACUCAACCGUAGCCCCAUAGUUAUCCAACCUCCUAGCCACUCAACCGUAGCCCUAUAGUUACCCAACCUCCCAGCCACUGAACCAUAGCCCUAUAGUUACCCAACCUCCCAGCCACUGAACCAUAGCCCCAUAGUUAACCAACCUCCCAGCCACUGAACCAUAGCCCUAUAGUUACCCAACCUCCCAGCCACUCAACCGUAGCCCCAUAGUUAUCCAACCUCCCAGCCACUCAACCGUAGCCCUAUAGUUAACCAACCUCCCAGCCACUCAACCAUAGCCCUAUAGUUACCCAACCUCCCAGCCACUGAACCGUAGCCCUAUAGUUAACCAACCUCCCAGCCACUCAACCAUAGCCCUAUAGUUAACCAACCUCCCAGCCACUGAACCAUAGCCCUAUAGUUACCCAACCUCCCAGCCACUCAACCGUAGCCCCAUAGUUAUCCAACCUCCCAGCCACUCAACCGUAGCCCUAUAGUUAACCAACCUCCCAGCCACUCAACCAUAGCCCUAUAGUUACCCAGCCACUCAACCGUAGCCCCAUAGUUAUCCAACCUCCCAGCCACUGAACCAUAGCCCUAUAGUUACCCAACCUCCCAGCCACUCAACCGUAGCCCCAUAGUUAUCCAACCUCCCAGCCACUCAACCGUAGCCCUAUAGUUACCAAACCUCCCAGCCACUCAACCGUAGCCCUAUAGUUACCCAACCUCCCAGCCACUCAACCGUAGCCCCAUAGUUACCCAACCUCCCAGCCACUCAACCGUAGCCCCAUAGUUACCCAACCUCCCAGCCACUGAACCGUAGCCCCAUAGUUACCCAACCUCCCAGCCACUCAACCGUAGCCCCAUAGUUACCCAACCUCCCAGCCACUGAACCAUAGCCCUAUAGUUACCCAACCUCCCAGCCACUCAACCGUAGCCCCAUAGUUAUCCAACCUCCCAGCCACUCAACCGUAGCCCUAUAGUUAACCAACCUCCCAGCCACUCAACCAUAGCCCUAUAGUUAACCAACCUCCCAGCCACUCAACCGUAGCCCUAUAGUUAACCAACCUCCCAGCCACUCAACCGUAGCCCUAUAGUUAACCAACCUCCCAGCCACUCAACCGUAGCCCCAUAGUUAUCCAACCUCCCAGCCACACAACCGUAGCCCUAUAGUUAACCAACCUCCCAGCCACUCAACCGUAGCCCUAUAGUUAACCAACCUCCCAGCCACUCAACCGUAGCCCUAUAGUUAACCAACCUCCCAGCCACUCAACCAUAGCCCUAUAGUUACCCAACCUCCCAGCCACUUAACGGGACCUUUGGAGUGCUACUGUCAGUUGUUCAGUCAGUCAUUUAGUCAGUCAGUCAGAGCCUGGCCCGGGGCCUGGUGUCUGGCCGGACCUGUUCUGUAAAUCCACAAUCUGCUCGUUCUCUCUCUCUCUCUCUCUCUCUCUGCUGCAGCUUUUAUCACAGCACAACCUGCUGAGACCACAGACUAGAGUGUGUGUGUGUAAGAAUCCUGUUGUGAAUCCUGUUGUGAAUUAAUGUACAGUGUGCUGAGUGUGCCUCCCUCCCUCCCUCUUAUAGGUUAAUUCCCAGCCCAGACAGUAUUUGUGUAUAAGGGUAUGUCUGUUUGUUAUGUGUACUUAUUGGGUUUUCUCUCUCUGUCUCACUUCAGUCACUUUGGCUAAGUUAAUGUUUAACCCACCCGUGUCUGUGGGGUCUGUUCUGCAGACUGGCCUUGAGGUGGUCCAUCUGUGUUUUGGCCAUGAGCUCUCAGCUCCGGACCAGUCUAAAGGCAUCUGCCUUCACUGCUGCACUACUAUUGCAUUGAACUUACCAGGUUAUAGCUGCUACUGUCAUCUCUGGAGUGUGGAAAUACCACCUUUACUACAAUGUAGUACAGAGUUCACUAUGUCAGUUAUGGUACCACAACAAAGGCUCACUCAGUACAAUGUAGUGUGAACCACAGUUAAGGCCUCAGGGACCGGAGGCUCCGGAAGGAAGGUGUGUUCUGAAUAAUACUACAUUGUUUGGCUUAGGUUCAGGUUGGUCGUUUGGCUCAGCCGGUUCUGCUCGGGUUCUGGGUUCUCCUGUGUGGUGAGUAUCAGUAUUGAGGCAUAGCUUCAGUUGUUGGUGAGACUGAGAGGCAGUGUCUGGGUCUCACAUCUUAACUUUUGAUGGUAGUAUUUGGGUAUUGGUUCUGUCAGUUCCUAGUGUUUUGGGUAUUGGUUCUGUCAGUUCCUAGUGUUUUGGGUAUUGGUUCUGUCAGUUCCUAGUGUUUUGGGUAUUGGUUCUGUCAGUUCCUAGUGUUUUGGGUAUUGGUUCUGUCAGUUCCUAGUGUUUUGGGUAUUGGUUCUGUCAGUUCCUAGUGUUUUGGGUAUUGGUUCAGUGUGAUGCUUGGCUGUUUGGAGGAUUUGGGAGAGUUCAAAAGGGAAGCCUCUCUCUCACUCUGUCUCUGUCUCUCAAUUCAAUUCAAUUUCAAUUUAAGGGCUUUAUUGGCAUGGGAAACGUAUGUUAACAUUGCCAAAGCAAGUGAAGUAGAUAGUAAACAAAAGUGAAAUGAACAAUAAAUAUUAACAGUAAACAUUACACUCAGAAGUUUCAAAAGAAUUAAGACAUUUCAAAUGUCUCUCUCUCUCUCUCUCUCUCUCUCUCUCUCUCUGGUGGUGUUGUGAAAGUCCUCAGAAGUAUUUCCUCAUUAAGUCUCCUACUCUGUUGUGUAAUUAAGCCCUUUGUUGUGUCUGAUUAGUAGAUUGUCUCAUUUAACUAGCUAGGCCUCAGAGGAGUUCGCUCUGGCUCCCUUUCAUAUGACUGACUGUUUAAACAUGGAACCAUGAUCACAUGAUUGCUAUAAAUAGAGUGUGUAUACACUACAGUGGGUGUAUGAAUUAGUUGUGUAGACUAUAGUGAGAGUUAUGGUCCUGUUAAAUGCAGAGGAUUGAUGGUAAUGGUACUAUAUUAUGAACUGGUAGACUCUCUCAUGAAAUAGGUUUUUAGAGACUUCAAAUGAAGGUCAAAUAACUCCAUAUGGUUGGAUGAGGUCUGUAUGUAAACGUUAACCGUGAUGGGUAGGCUUGAGAGAGUUCCUCAUAAAACAACACAGCUUCCGAUAUUGCAUUCCUGCUUUUCCAUGGACCUUAAAAACACACACACACACUCAGUGGGGAUGGGGAUGGAAACAUCUGUUCCAGGGAUGUGAGGUGGAUGUAUUUGAUGUGUUACUAUGCUGCCAGGGUUAAGGAGGGGACCCCCUCCCCCAUAUGUUACUAGGCUGCCAGGGUUAAGGAGGGCCCCGUGCCCCCCCCCCCCAUAUGUUACUAGGCUGCCAGGGUUAAGGAGGGGACCCCCUCCCCCAUAUGUUACUAGGCUGCCAGGGUUAAGGAGCCCCCCCCCCCCCCCCCCCCCCCUUUGGCUGCCAAGGUUAAGAAGGGGAACCCCCCCCCCCCCCCCCCCCCCCCCCCCCCCCCCCCUCCUAUGUUUUACUAGGCUGCCAAGGUUAAGGAGGGGUACACCCACAAACACACAUUGAGCUACCGGCUGAGGCAUGCUUCUCAUCUUGUUGGUACUGAUUGCGCAAACAAAUGAUUCAACAAACAUGGGAUACACGUUCCCUCAAAAUAUGAGCUUCUGGACUCAUUCUGGUGACACUAUUUGUGUUAGUGUGAAUAGAUGCUAGUGUGAAUAAAAGUAUGUUCUUUGUAUGUGACUGUGGCUGUUUCUUCCUCUCUCUCUCCGUCCCUCUCUCGCUCUCUGUCCCUCUCUCUCUGUGUGUCCCUCUCUCUCUCUCCAUCCCUCUCUCUCUCUGUGUGUGAAUGGGAGAAUGAGAUCACUGCUUUCCCCUCCACUCUGUUCCGUGACAUCAUCAUAGCAACGGAAGGGAUGGAGGUAGGAAAUGUAAGAGAGGAGGAGGAGGGGGUUCAGUGUGUCCUGGCCUUUGCAAGCUGUUACAACAGACAAAUCUCUCACUCUUGUUAUCUUUUUAUUUUAGUGAUCCAAUUGACAUUUUAGUCAUUUAGCAGACGUUCUUAUCCAGAGCGACUUACAAUUAGUGAGUGCAUACAUUUUUCAUACUGGCCCCUCUCUAUCUCCACUUCUCCUUCCCUCUCCACCUCCCCCUCUCUCCCUCACUCUCUCCAUCUCUUCCUCGUUUCCUGUAUUCACCCAGUGCGUGCCUGUUCAUUCUGUCUAUCGGUGUGUGGUAGAGAGCUCCCCUGCCCCCAGCAAUGCAUUUCUGACUCUCAGUCAACCUCGUCUGAGAGAUGGUCUUUAGAUAAAGAAAUCAUGUUGUCUGUGUGUGUUUAGUGUGAGUGCAACACAGAUAUUUGUGUGUGUGUGUGUGUGUCGAAAGGUCGGAAAUCCUCCGGGAGGCUCUUUCCUCCUUCCCAGGGUCCUUUGCUGUGGGAUGAGUGAAGUUUAAGAGCAAGGGUAGUCUUGGUAACAAUUGCUGCCAUCUGUGUGAGUGGUGUGUUUCUACACUUGCAUGUGUGAAAGGAUGGAGCAGCAUGCGGUCUUAAUGCUUCAUCUCCUUCAUGUUGAAUUAUUUAUUUAAUACUCAGCAGAAUGGGAAGGUUACUGGGUUACACUGGAACACUUCCACAGCAUUAUGAAUCUAGAAAGAGACACUUAAGUCCAUUCUCAAUGUGGACAUUCCUGGACAAGAGGGUACUCUUGAUAUAUUCUGUCAUACUGUAUAAUAAAACCUCUCACAUCUGCAGCCAACCCUUAGACAAAAUGGCUCCCUAUAAGAACUACAAAGACAUUUCCUUGUGGCUCAGUUGGUAGAGCAUGGCACUUGCAAUACCAGGGGUUGUGGGUUCGAUUCUCACAGGGGACCAGUAUGAAAAAUGUUUGCACUCAAUACUGUAAGUCGCUCUGGAUAAGAGCGUCAGCUAAAUGACAAAAAAAUAUUAAAUGUAAAGAGAAGGGCAAGGAGAGAGUAGAGUGGGGCGGGAUCAGGGGAGGACAGACAGAAGGGUGGUAGGUUUGAGGAUAAGGAUAGGGGACAGGCCAGCAGGGGUCUGAGGUGAAUGUGACUCCCUCUGAUAGCUGAAGAGGGCUUGGGGUGAGGAGAGACUGAAUCAUUUGUAGUAGUCCCAGACAGACCAAUAGUAGAGUGUUCUCUUGGAUGUAGUAGUAGAGGGUUCUCUUGGCUGUAGUGUUCUCUUGGAUGUAGUAGUAGAGGGUUCUCUUGGCUGUAGUGUUCUCUUGGAUGUAGUAGUAGAGGGUUCUCUUGGCUGUAGUGUUCUCUUGGAUGUAGUAGUAGAGGGUUCUCUUGGCUGUAGUAGCAGAGGGUUCUCUUGGAUGUAGUAGAAGAGGGUUCUCUUGGCUGUAGUAGUAGAGUGUUCUCUUGGAUGUAGUAGUAGAGGGUUCUCUUGGAUGUAGUAGUAGAGGGUUCUCUUGGAUGUAGUAGUAGAGGGUUCUCUUGGCUGUAGGGUUCUCUUGGCUGUAGGGUUCUCUUGGCUGUAGGUUCUCUUGGCUUUAGUAGUAGAGGGUUAUCUUGGCUUUAGUAGUAGAGGGUUCUCUUGGCUGUAGUAGUAGAGGGUUCUCUUGGCUGUAGGGUUCUCUUGGAUGUAGUAGUAGAGGGUUCUCUUGGCUGUAGGGUUCUCUUGGCUGUAGUAGUAGAGGGUUCUCUUGGCUGUAGGGUUCUCUUGGAUGUAGUAGUAGAGGGUUCUCUUGGCUGUAGGGUUCUCUUGGCUGUAGUAGUAGAGGGUUCUCUUGGCUGUAGGGUUCUCUUGGCUUUAGUAGUAGAGGGUUCUCUUGGCUUUAGUAGUAGAGGGUUCUCUUGGCUUUAGUAGUAGAGGGUUCUCUUGGCUUUAGUAGUAGAGGGUUCUCUUGGCUUUAGUAGUAGAGGGUUCUCUUAGCUUUAGUAGUAGAGGGUUCUCUUGGCUGUAGUGUUCACUUGGCUGUAGUAGUAGAGGGUUCUCUUGGCAGUAGGGUUCUCUUGGCUUUAGUAGUAGAGGGUUCUCUUGGCUGUAGGGUUCUCUUGGCUGUAGUAGUAGAGGGUUCUCUUGGCUGUAGGGUUCUCUUGGCUUUAGUAGUAGAGGGUUCUCUUGGCUGUAGGGUUCUCUUGGCUGUAGUAGUAGAGGGUUCUCUUGGCUGUAGGGUUCUCUUGGCUUUAGUAGUAGAGGGUUCUCUUGGCUGUAGGGUUCUCUUGGCUGUAGUAGUAGAGGGUUCUCUUGGCUGUAGGGUUCUCUUGGCUGUGGUAGUAGAGGGUUCUCUUGGCUUUAGUAGUAGAGAGUUCUCUUGGCUGUAGGGUUCUCUUGGCUGGAGGGUUCUCUUGGCUGUAGGGUUCUCUUGGCUUUAGUAGUAGAGGGUUCUCUUGGCUGUAGGGUUCUCUUGGCUGUGGUAGUAGAGGGUUCUCUUGGCUUUAGUAAUAAUAAAAUAAUAAUAAUAAUAGGCCAUUUAGCAGACGCUUUUAUCCAAAGCGACUUAGUCAUGCGAGCUACAGAGGACCACAGUAGUAGAGAGUUCUCUUGGCUGUAGGGUUCUCUUGGCUGUAGGGUUAUUUUGGCUGUAGGGUUCUCUUGGCUGUAGUAGUAGUAGAGGGUUCUCUUGGCUAUAGGGUUUCUUGGCUUUAGUAGUAGAGGGUUCUCUUGGCUGUAGGGUUAUUUUGGCUGUAGGGUUCUCUUGGCUGUAGGGUUCUCUUGGCUGUAGUAGAGGGUUCUCUUGGCUGUUGGGUUCUCUUGGCUGUAGUAGUAGAGGGUUAUCUUGGCUGUAGUAGUAGUAGUAGUAGUAGAGUAUAAAAAAAAAAAUAAAAAAAAAUAGAGUGUUCUCUUGGCUGUAGUAGUAGUAGAGUGUUCUAUUGGCUGUAGUAGUAGUAGAGGGUUCUCUUGGCUGUAGUAGAGGGUUCUCUUGGCUGUAGGGUUCUCUUGGCUGUAGGGUUCUCUUGGCUGUAGUAGUAGAGGGUUCUCUUGGCUGUAGUAGUAGUAGAUGGUUCUCUUGGCUGUGGUAGUAGUAGAGGGUUCUCUUGGCUGUGGUAGUAGUAGAGGGUUCUCUUGGCUGUAGUAGUAGAGGGUUCUCUUGGCUGUAGUAGUAGUAGAGGGUUCUCUUGGCUGUAGGGUUCUCUUGGCUGUAGUAGUAGAGGGAUCUCUUGGGUGUAGGGUUCUCUUGGCUGUAGUAGUAGUAGAGGGUUCUCUUGGCUGUAGGUUUUCUUGGCUUUAGUAGUAGAGGGUUCUCUUGGCUGUAGGGUUAUCUUGGCUGUAGGGUUCUCUUGGCUGUAGUAGUAGAGGGUUAUCUUGGCUGUAGUAGACCCACUCCCAGACUGUCCUGGCCAAACAGAUUUUUAUGCACAAUGGAGCCUCUAAGCGGAUCCCAGGGAGAGGAAUUUGAUUUUGAUAAAUGGCCAGAGAUCAUUUUACAUUAUAGUCAUUUAGUAGACACUCUUAUCCAGAGCGACUUACAGUUAGUGAGUGCAUACAUUUUUCAUACUGGCCCCCCGUGGAAAACGAACCCACAACCCUGGCGUUGCAAGCGUCAUGCUCUACCAACUGAGCUACAGGGGACUACAGGAGAUCUGCCAGUUUGGUCUCUGUGGGUGUUGAAAGUGUGUGUGUAUGUGGAGGUGUGUUUGCGUGAGUGUGUGUGUGUGUGUUGAAAUUGUGUGUGUGUGUGCACGUGUGCAGGGUCAUCAUGCACCCCAAAAAUCUGAGUGGACACAAUGUAUGUUAGGAUGUCAGGGGGAUGGUCCGACGCGGGGCUAGGACCCCUGUCCUGAAGUUGGAGAAUUUAGCAUUUUUCAAACACCUGAAACAGCUUUUUUUCUGUAAUCUAGAGCCAUAAUCAUUAUGCUUAAUUCUAUGUCAAAAAAUAUAUAUUUUUUCUGCAUAUCUAAGCAUACCUCUUGAGCUGUAGAGAUAUCCUCCUGACUGGUGGUUAUUUUUUAAAGAAACAAAAUAUGCUUCUCUGCAUCUCUGGGUGAAAGAUUGAAAGGAAUGUGGGUCUUGUUCAGUACAUCUAGUAAUUGAGUGCUUUUCUAAAGUUUACCAACCGUGCCAGCAGGCAUGCCAGCUAAAGUAGUUAGACAAGCUAGCUACUCUAACUUGAUUGCCUUAAAUGGCUUCUUGGUAGCUAGUUAUGAGGUUGGGACAUUGGGAACCUAUCUGGGCUAGCUAAAGCCAACUUCAUAAAAUUGCAAAGUGGCUAGUAGAAUUACAGAGAAACAACAAACAUAUAUAGAUUCUUCAAAUAGCCACCCUUUGCCUUGAUGACAGCUUUGCACACGCUUGGCAACCAGCUUCAUGAGGUAGUCACCUGGAAUGCAUUUCAAUUAACAGGUGUGCUUUCUUAAAAGUUAAUUUGUGGAAUUUCUUUCCUUCUUAAUGCGUUUGAGCCAAUCAGUUGUGUUGUGAGAAGGUAGGGGGGGGGUAUACAGAAGAUAGCCCUAUUUGGUAAAAGACCAAGUCCAUAUUGGCUUUAGCUAGCCCAGAUAUUUGAAGAAUCUCAAAUAUAAAGCAUAUUUUGAUUUGUUUAACACUUUUUUGGUUACUACAUGAUUCCAUAUGUGUUAUUUCAUAGUUUUGAUGUCUUCACUAUUAUUCUACAAUGUAAAAAAUAGUAAAAAUAAAGAAAAACUCUUGAAUGAGUAGGUGUGUCCAAACUUUUGACUGGUAGUAUGUAUGUCUGUGUGUUUUUUUAAACAGGACAAAUCUGAGGGGGGCACUUGACCCUAUGGGCAUGACGCUUCUGCACGUGUGUGUGUGUGUGUGUGGUGUGUGUGUGUGUGUGUGUGUGUGUGUGUGUGUGUGUGUGUGUUUCUAGGUCUCAAAAUAUAAUAUUUUACUCAGGCUCCACUGUGCUGGCCUAUGAUUUUAUUUACACACAAUGCUUGUUGGCUCUCAUAUCUAAGGCAUUCACUUUUUGUAGUAAUGUAAUGUAGCCUCUAACAAUGAGUAUUGGUAAAUGAACACAAUAAUAUCAUGACUGUGGAUAGUCAGAUUAAUAUAAUAGUUUGUUUAAAACGUUUACAUGCUUUGCAAGAAGAACAAUUUCCCUAAUAAUCCUGUUUCCAUGGACACAUCUGAAAUCAGGCUACCUGAUGGGACUUAAAUCACCAAUCAGAAUAAACGUUCUACCACAGCGACCAUGUUAUUUUGGGGAAGCCUAUAAAGUUUGUAUGGGAAAACUAUUUCUACGAUGAAUACUUUGUUUUUCCGAACAUAAGAGGGAGGCUUGAGCUACUGAUGCUGGCACAUCAAAUAUACCGCUGGAAUGCCGAUUUAAGCUGUUUACAUGUCCUAAUAAUUUGAUAGAUUGUUUUGAAAACCAGGUGUUUUAAUCGGCGUAUGCUUACUUCGAUUUUGACCUUACGCCGAUUUAAGAUAAGCAGAGUAAGGUGUUUACAUGACUACAGCCAUAAUCAGUUUAAUAUCAAAUUAUUAGUGUGCAUGUAAACAUACUCAGUGCUGUUACUAAUCUGUUGUUCCUCUCUCUCUUGUUCUCUCUUUCUCUCACUCUCUUGCUCUCUCUAUCUCUCGCUCUCUCUCUGCCUCUCUCUUUGCCUCUCUGCAGGACAGACAGGGAUCCCCAGCCAGUGAUGUAGAUGAGGAUGAUGAAGGUGCAUAAGAAAGACUCUGUGGGGAGAAAGAGCAGCGCCUGACUCUCCUCUCCUCCACUUACUCAUCCACUCUGAGCUGUGCCCUCUGAUUGGGCAGACGAUGUCAUCGACCACGCCCACCUCAGCCCCGCAUCCCAAGAAGACGCGCGGGAAGGAGAGGACUGAGGUCAUGGGCGACUUUGUGCAGACAGCCAAUGAGGAGCUUCGGAACAAGCUGAUGGACAUCCAGAUAGAACUGCAGCAGGAGAAGGGCAAGGUAAUAAGGAUGAAAUUGAUGAUGUUGAUAAUGAUAUCAUUAUCUGUUGGUCUUUUGUGAUCUACUGUUAAUGAUACUAUUAAGAAUAAUUAUAUCUCUUUUUCCUAUUCCCUCCUCUCCCUCCCCUCUCCUCUCCUCUCCUCUAUCCCACCCCCCACCCUCCUCUCCUCCCCUCUCCUCUAUCCCACCCUCCACCCUCCUCUCUCCUCCCCUCUCCUCUAUCCCACCCUCCUCUCUCCUCCCCCCUCUUCUCCCUCCCCUCUCCUCUCCUCUAUCCCACCCCCCACCCUCCUCUCCCUCCCCUCUCCUCUAUCCCACCCUCCACCCUCCUCUCUCCUCCCCUCUCCUCUAUCCCACCCUCCUCUAUCCCUCUCCCUCCCCUGGGUAGGUCUCUAAGCUGAGAGAGCGUCUCCAGGAGCAGAGGCAGGUCAGGGAACUGGAACAACACAAACACACGGUGGUCCUCACCGACCUCCGCGCCAAACUGCACGAGGAGAAGCUCCGCGAGCUGGCCACGGCCCGCGAGGCGUUGGCACGGCAACACGAGUUGGAGCUGGCGCGUACCAUUAAGAUCCGUGACGGGGAGGUACAGCGGCUGCAGGGGCUGGUCCAUGCACUGAGAGACGGUGCUGCUGACAAGCUGAAGAGUGCCCUGCUAGGGGAGGCCCGGGAGGAGGCCAGGAGGUCCUUCGAUGGGGAGAGACUCAAACUGCAGCAGGAGGUAGGCUGGCCUGGGGGCUCAACUUGAAUCCAACCUGCAUUGUGGUAUUUGCGCAGUCGUUUUUUCCCCCAUGGUCAAUCAGAAUCCUAGCCUGGUUUGGGUUAGGCUACUGUUAAUUCUUUCUACUACCAGCUAGACUCCCCUCACAGGUAGAUGCCUUGUUUUCAGAAUAAGAAGUUUCAAGCCUGUGAUUUAGUCUGGUUUUGAAAGUUGUUGUUCAGGGUGACUUUUUUGUUUCUAAAAGUCAUGUGACAUUACUAUCUCCCGAAUCAUCUUAAUUGCUUCAGGGGGCGUAUACUUGGAAGUGUAUACUAGAUGGGAAGUGUAACGUUAUACACUAACUGUGUUCCCCCCCAGAUCCUGAAGCAGGAGACUGCACGGAAGCAGGUUGAGGAGGCUCUGUCUAACGCGCUGCAGGCAGACAAGGCCAAAGCAGCCGACCUCCGAACAGCCUAUCAGCAGCACCAGGAUGAGAUCAACCGCAUCAAGAGAGACUGUGAGAGAGACAUCCGCCGGGUGGUGAGUUAAUUGUAACAUGACCGCACACCACGUGCCUGUCUGCAAACCAUAACCCCGAUCACAAAUCAUAACUCCUGAUCGAUCCUAACCCACAUCACACAAGUCCAUGUGCAAGAAUGGAGUGUCUGGUCUGGUGAGUGACCUGAAAGUGAACCAAACUCCAAACCAAAUGAUGACCAUAAACCAUUAACCAUAGCUAACUGAAAUGGGAACCACUGUCUAACAAUAGACUUAUUCAUCAGAUCUCGUUCUGCGGAGUUCCCUGCAUGCACUUCUACUGAAGUUUAUCUUGAACUUACUGUAAUAAUCUGAUAGGGUAGAGUGCAAUUCAAGCUCUCUAUGUUAAUCUCCAGCUGUAUUUAACAGUGACCCAGAUAACACAGAGACUGAUUAACUACAGCACAGAAGAACAGUGAAAAGACAGGGCCAUAAAAGAGAUCUCUGUAGCUGCUUUACAGCCACGGCUAUAUUAUAGAGGGGGAUAGGAAGAGAGAGGGGAGGGAGAUGAGGAAAGGAUGAGAGAAGAGAGGUGAACUAAGAUUCAUGAAUUAAUUUCUCUCAACAAUGUUGGUGUCGUAUAAUUUGUUGGUGCACUGGUCUGUGGUUGGAGGAGAAUGAGCUGGUUUUGAAGGAGGAGAGCAAUGGGUUGGAGAAGGAGAGUGAGAGCAGCUAGGGAUAAGGCUAAAGAGUUCCAGAGUGAAGGUGUGUCACCUUUUCUCUCUGUCUCGUUCUCACCAUCACACUAUCUCUCUCUCGCUGUCCUUCUCUCUCUCUCCUCUCCUCACUAUAUUUGUCUCUCUUUCUCUCCUUCUCUCCAUCCUCUCAUCUCUCCUCACUAUAUUUGUCUCUCUCUCCUUCUCUCCAUCCUCCCAUCUGUCCUCUCACUAGAUGGAUGAGUUGAAGGGGAAGGACCGUGUGGUGUCAGCGUUGGAGAGGGAGCUGGGGGUGCAGGCUGGUUACGCCCAGAAGCUCCAGCUGCAGAAGGAGGCUCUGGAUGAACAGCUGGGUCACGUCAGGGAGGCAGAGAGGCACCACAGCAGCCCCAAGAGAGAGGUGGUCCCUGCCCUGGGGGACACCGCUGACUACCUCAACAACCAGGUGAGGACAGCCCCAUGAAAAUACACACGCACGCAGGCAGGUACGCACAAACACAAGCAUGCGUACACACACACACACACACAAAUACACAGGUACACGCAAGCACACACUCGUGCACACACACAUUUUACUGGCAUGGCAUUUUCCAAAAACCUGGUGGUCAACUUAUUAACACAUUGUCUUCGUCCUUAAUAAUCUCCUCCAUGUUCUGUCUCUCUCUCUCCUCUCUCUCUCUCUCUCUCGCUCUCUUUCUCUAUCUUUCCGUCUCCCCCCCCCUCUCUCUCUCCAUCUUUCCACCCCCCCCCCUCUCUCUCUCUCUCUCUCAGGAGGUGGAAGAACUUCGCGAUGCGAGGAGGUUCCAGCUGAAGAUAGCUGAGCUCCACUCUGUUACCAGGAAGCUGGAGGACAGAAACACACUGCUGGCUGAUGAGAGGAAUGAACUGGUGAGGAACACACACACCUGCAGAAAAUCACUUGGUGGAUAACGGAACAUUGUAGGGACAUUAUGGGAACAUUGAAGGGAUGUUAUGGAAAUAUGCAGGUAUAUGGAAAUAACUUGUCAGUCUACAUAUCUCAUCUAUCGAUUUCUGUAUUUUUCUCUUUCUUUCUCCUUCCAUCUCUCUCGCUCUCUCUCUCCUUCCAUCUCUCCCUUCAUCUGUCAGUUGAAGCGGGUGCGUGAGGCAGAGAGUCAGAUGAAGCCGCUCUUAGAUAAAUAUAAGAGGAUGUCGAAGAAGAACAAUGAUCUCCAACAGACUCUGCAGCGCAUGGAGGAUAAACUCAAGAACCUCAGCAGAGGGAACGCAGAGAUGGUGAGGGAACCAGACAUAACCUUCUUGGUCUACUUUGCUUGUCUCCUUUCCUUGUCUCAUCUCCUUCAUGACUAGGGGAGGACAAUGUUGAUAAGUGUAACAGAAGUAUAGGCAAUGCUUUGAUAUUUCUGAAUGGAUUAAGAGGAACCACAUUGUAGGGACCAUGUGAAAUGGAGGCAAAGGGAGACCUCCAGUGGUCAUCUAAGGAAAGGGCAAGAGCCCUACAAGAGAGGUUAGCCAGUAUCUGUGUGAAUCAGUAUUUGCAUUUCUCCUUGAUUACAAAGCCACAUUGCACAAGUUAAAGUAAUGAGUCACGGUUCAGGAAAUGCUGUCUCUCUCUCUCUCUCUCUCUCAAUUCAAUUCAAUUCAAUUCCAGGGGCUUUAUUGGCAUGGGAAACAUAUGUUUACAUUGCCAGAGCAAGUGAAAUGGAUAAACCAAAGUGAAAUAAACAAUAAAAAGUGAACAGUAAAUAUUACACUCAGAAGUUCCAAAAUAAUAGAGACAUUUCAAAUGUCAUAUUAUGUCUAUAUACAGUGUUGUAACGAUGUGCAAAUAGUUCAAGUACAAAAGGGAAAAUAAAUAAACAUAAAUAUGGGUUGUAUUUACAAUGGUGUUUGUUCUUCACUGGUUGCCCUUUUCUUGUGGCAACAGGUCACAAAUCUUGCUGCUGUGAUUGCACACUGUGGUAUUUCACCCAAUAGAUAUGGGAGUUUAUCAAAAUUGGAUUUGUUUUCGAAUUCUUUGAGGGUCUGUGUAAUCUGAGGGAAAUAUGUGUCUCUAAUAUAGUAAUACAUUUGGCAGGAGGUUAGGAAGUGCAGCUCAGUUUUCACCUUAUUUUGUGGGCAGUGUGCCUACGGCGACCUUUCUCAAUAGCAAGGCUAUGCUCACUGAGUCUGUACAUAGUCAAAGCUUUCCUUCAUUUAGGGUCAGUCACAGUGGUCAGGUAUUCUGCCACUGUGUACUCUCUGUUUAGGGCCAAAUAGCAUUCUUAUGUUUUUCCCCAAACACCACUUUCCAUCAAUUUGUAAAGCAGACCCCCAUGCUAAAUUGAGUCAAAAGCUUCAAAGCAUCUCUCUCUCGACCUCACACUCGAGUCGCUUACCCCUGAGAAUGUCUCUCUCCUCACCUCCAUCUCUCUCUUUCCCCCUCCCUCUCUCUCUUCCCCUCUCCCCUCCCUCUCUCCCCCUCCCUCCCUCCCUCCCUCCCUCCCCCCCCCCUCUCUCUCCCCCUUCCCUCCCUCUCUCUCCUCUCUCCCCUCUCCCUCCCUCCCCCCCUCCCUCUCUCUCUCCCCUCUCUCUCUCCCCCCCCCCUCCCUCCCUCUCUCCCCCUCCCUCCCUGAGUCAAAAGCUUCAAAGCAUCUCUCUCUCGACCUCACACUCGAGUCGCUUACCCCUGAGAAUAUCUCCCUCCUCACCUCCAUCUCUCUCUUUCCCACUUCCUCUCUCCCUUCCCCCUCCCUCUCUCCCUUCCCCCCUCCCUCUCUCCCUUCCCCCCCCCUCUCACCCCCUUCCCCCCCCUCUCACCCCCCUUCCCCCUCUCUCCCUCCCACCCCCUUCCCCUUCUCUCCCUCCCUCCUCUCUCUCCCUCCUUCCCUCUCUCUCUUCCUCCCUCCCUCUCCCCCUCAGAAGGAGAAAGUGCACUCUUGUACCCAGCAGCCUCAGCAGCUGAAGAGGCCUACCUCACUGACAGACCUAAGUCAGGCCCACGAGGAACAGGAAGUAGAGUUCCUCAAGCUGCAGGUUGCCGAGCAACGAGGCAUCAUCGACGAGCUCACGCAGGUCAGGGAGACACUCCGUCAUUGCAGUUUACCUGAUCUUUAAACCACCAGAACUUCCAAACAACAGGGCAUUGACAGAAUCAUAUUGUAGUGAGAUUAGUGAAUAUGGGCACCCGCCUAGCUCAUGGGUUCUUAAACAAACAGGCAGACAUGUUGUUGUAUUUUACUACAGUACAUUGAAACAGUGGAAUAAAAUGUCUGCCGCUAGGGUGAGUGUACUGUUUGGUAACAUGUUGGUCUUCUGUACCCUUGGGCUGCCCUCCAGACCCUCUCGCCAGCCAGCCACUCACUGCCCUCUCUCUGCUCUAAUCACCUUUAAUCUGAGCCUGUUGCUAAUUUACUCAUUAGCACAGUGAUGUUCUGCUGGCUCCUUGCUGCUGAUUUUAUAGGGGAAUGGAAACACUAGGAUGUAUUACCCCAGCUAACUAACUGUAAAUCGCCAUAUUGGCAUUGUUGCUUCACUGGCAGGAGAGAAAAAUUUGGAACUCUCCCAAAAUGGCUGAAUUUACCGAGUAGCUCCAAGUCCAUUUCCGGAGACCUUCUCCCUUACCUCACCUCGCUCAUCAACACAUCCUUGACCGCUGACUAUGUCCCUUCCGUCUUCAAGAGAGGGAGAGUUGCACCCCUUCUCAAAAAACACUCGAUCCCUCCGAUGUCAACAACUACAGACCAGUAUUCCUUCUUUCUUUUCUCUCCAAAACUCUUGAGCGUGCCGUCUUUAGCCAACUCUCUUGCUAUCUCUCUCAGAAUUACCUUCUUGAUCCAAACCAGUCAGGUUUCAAGACUGGUCAUUCAACUGAGACUGCUCUUCUCUGUGUCACGGAGGCUCUCCGCACUGCUAAAGCUAACUCUCUCUCCUCUGCUCUUGUCCUUCUAGACCUGUCUGCUGCCUUUGAUACUGUGAACCAUCAGAUCCUCCUCUCCACCCUCACUGAGUUGGGCAUCUCCGGCGCGGCUCACUCUUGGAUUGCGUCCUACCUGACAGGUCGCUCCUACCAAGUGGCGUGGCGAGAAUCUGUCUCCGCACCACGUGCUCUCACCACUGGUGUCCCCCAGGGCUCAGUUCUAGGCCCUCUCCUAUUCUCGCUAUACACCAAGUCACUUGGCUCUGUCAUAUCCUCACAUGGCCUCUCCUAUCAUUGCUACGCAGACGACACACAACUAAUCUUCUCCUUUCCCCCUUCUGAUAACCAGGUGGCGAAUCGCAUCUCUGCAUAUCUGGCAGACAUAUCAGUGUGGAUGACGGAUCACCACCUCAAGCUGAACCUCGGCAAGAUGGAGCUGCUCUUCCUCCCGGGGAAGGACUGCCCGGUUCCAUGAUCUCGCCAUCACGGUUGACAACUCCGUUGUGUCCUCCUCCCAGAGUCUAAAGAGCCUUGGCGUGACCCUGGACAACACCCUGUCGUUCUCCGCUAACAUCAAGGCGGUGACCCGAUCCUGUAGGUUCAUGCUCUACAACAUUCGGAGUACGACCCUGCCUUACACAGGAAGCGGCACAGGUUCUAAUCCAGGCACUUGUCAUCUCCCGUCUGUAUUACUGCAACUCGCUGUUGGCUGGGCUCCCUGCCUGUGCCAUUAAACCCCUACAACUCAUCCAGAAUGCCGCAGACCGUCUGUUGUUCAACCUUCCCAAGUUCUCUCACGUCACCCCGCUCCUCCGCACACUUCACUGGCUUCCAGUUGAAGCUCGCAUCUGCUACAAGACCAUGGUGCUAGCCUAUGGAGCUGUGAGGGGAACGGCACCUCCGUACCUUCAGGCUCUGAUCAGUCCCUACACCCAAACGAGGGCAUUGCGUUCAUCCACCUCUGGCCUGCUGGCCCCCCUACCUCUGCGGAAGCACAGUUCCCGCUCAGCCCAGUCAAAACUGUUCGCUGCUCUGGCACCCCAAUGGUGGAACAAGCUCCCUCACGACGCCAGGACAGCAGAGUCACUCACCACCUUCCGGAGAUACUUGAAACCCCACCUCUUUAAGGAAUACCUGGGAUAGGAUAAAGUAAUCAUUCUACCCCCCCUUACCCCACCCCCAAAAAAAGAAAAACAUAUUGUAAAGUGGUUAUCCCACUGGCUAUAAGGUGAAUGCACCAAUUUGUAAGUCGCUCUGGAUAAGAGCGUCUGCUAAAUGAUGUAAAUGUAAGUCUGAGAAUUAGUUUAUAUCAGAGAAUGAAAUAAUGUUAGUUAGGGAGCCAAUAAACCUACUGAAGCUGUUCAUGUUUGAGCAGAUCGUUGCCCCAGAUCAGAGUUUGUUCUCGUAGCAGUAACAAUACAGAUAUAUCCGCCUGAAACACCUCAGCUAGAGGGUCGGCGUAGCGGUGACACAAACUGGUGUGAGUUCGGAUGCUGCCAGAUAAUGGCUAGAGUGUGUGUGUUGUAGAGAGAUGGUGGUGAUACAGCACAAAAUCCCAGCGGAUGGUGGCUGUAUUACAUCCAGUCAGAGGUUCCUGUCAGUCUGUCUGGAUGGCGACGUAUUGGACGUGUCAAUAAUCCUUAUGAAGGACUUCCUGGCAGAAGAAGUUACUCGACCAGUCAGCAGCCAGUAUGCCAGUUAAAUAAUUGCUGAAAUGUUCCUUGAUUAUAAAUUGUUUAAAGUUAACAUCAGUAGUGGGUAGGUGCUCAAUAUAUAUAAUCAGUAACCUAUAACGAUGUUUAUCACCAGCGCUAUGGUAACGCAUUCACAUUUUGAUUCGACAACCAUCGCAGACAGCAGCAUGAUUAAUGAAAAAUCAUUAAUUAUAAAUGCAUUGUGAUUUAGUUUCGGUAUCAGACUAACUUUUCUUAUGAUUUUGUUUGGAGAGCAUACAGGCUGGCAGCUUAUCGCCAGUUCACCCUAUGGGCACAAGGGAUAAUUGGACGAGGUGUACGGCGUGGCAUUUACAUAGGGUUUGAGUUUGAAUAAAACCAGUUCAUUUAGUAAAUCUAGCAUGUUGUAAUUUUUUUCAAGACAUAGGCCUAACACAUGCGCCUUAUGUAAAAAUUAUAUUAGUUAGCUUGUCCACUAUAACAACAGGUUCAAGCUUAACCAGAUAAACUUGCUUUGAAGAUAAAACUACUUUCAACACGCACUAACCCAGAGUCCCUGUUGCUAGAGUAGUGACUUCAACUAGCUUUGGCUGCCAUCUAUUGGAAAGGAAUGGUAACUACACUGGACAGCUAGUUGGAGUCAAAGGAGAAUUGUAUAAUAUAUGCCAUUUAGCAGACGCCUUUAUCCAAAGCGAACUGGGUACAUGGUAGUGGAAAUAGAUAAUAGAAACGGGAUUACAAAAUACAUAGUCAAUUACAGGGUUAUUAAGGUGUUUUUACAAGUUCCAAGAAGAGAAGAGGAUUCACAUGAAAGGCUUGUGAUUGCAAGUCUUUGCCUCAUGCACAAGAUCAAUAGACAAACAGCAGCAUACCUUAAAGGGGCAAUCAGUAGUUACUACAUCCAUUUUUGCACUUAUAAAUGUAUGAUAUGUAACCAUUGAUUUUUGAAUAAUCUAAUUAUAAAUGCCUCAUGAGCUUAGUUCAACUGUCGUACCCCACCAGAACCCCAAAUAUAAGCUCCAACGUUUGUAAACAAAGAAAAUGUAAACAAACACAGUAUAGCCUCAAAACAUAGUUGAAACUAUAAUGUUGAUAUCAUGGAUGGUCAGUCCUUGCAUCAAUAGCUCUGUCUAUGAAUUUGAGAGUGGUUACAUUUCUCCAGCCCCAUCCCUCAGCUUUUUACCGAAAGAGGAGCAGGGAGUCCCUUUGUUAUUGUUUCUAAUGCUAAUUGCCACUUUAAUAAGGUAAAUUGGAGAUUAAAUACACACCAAAAUAUGUUACGGAUACUAUAAAAAUGUCACAUCACUGAGACCGUUAUUUAUACACAGCAUGCAGCACAGCAAUCAAUCAAUCAAAUGUAUUUUACAAAGCUCUUUUUUACAUAAAAAAUAUAACCACAGUGGUUAUAGAGGGUGCAACAGUUCAACACCUCAGGAGCAAAUGUCAGUUGGCUUUUCAUAGCUGAGCAUUCAUAGGUUGAGACAGCAGAUCCGGGAGAGAGAGAGUCGAAACAGCAGGUCUGGGACAAGGUAGCACUUUCGUUGAAACGAGUAAAAAAAUCAGUGGAAAAACAAUUCCACUCCGAUUCCCUUUAUGGAUGUGUGUAUCUUUGAAUUCGCUGUUGAAUGGCCUGCUCCUUCUCCAUUUUCGGAACACCAGCCCGCUCCCCCAAAGUGACCACCACUCUCUCUCUUUGGGCACUCAGGAGAGUCCGCUGGGAUGGUCCUAGAGCCAGAUAGAAGUUACACAAAUCAUUUUAGGUAAUUUCUCUCUAUGUCUACAUCUUACCAUUGGCACAGCGGUCAACGAUGCCGUGUUGGAGCUCAGACCGGAAACACCAUGUCUUCUCCUCCUUGAUGGGUUUCACCACAAACGCCCUGGCAGCCUUGGAGAACUCUUGCUUGAAACGGAGCACUCCCUCCUUUGUUGGAGCCUGCUGUCUGUCCACCGAAUAAUUGUGGUCCAAGGCAGCCACUUGGGAGUCUUGUGACCAUCCCCUGCUGGCCGAACUUGUUCCUCUUGGGCACGUAUUUAGUGUACAGGGCAUGUACACUCUCGAGUUCACCUGUCUGAACACACUUUGUCACAUACAAAAGAAAAUAUCAAAUUAAUGUAACUAGAGAUUAAUAAGUAGGCUACUACAAUUAUACUGUUACUGAUUUUAUUAAAUCAAUCGGUUGUAAUUAUUCACAUAGGAAUGCACAAAAAAACAAAAACAAGGGUUUUGUGAUGUGGUGAACUUCAGUGAUCCACUUUUCUUUUAGCACCUGGACACUCCCACCAGCAGUCGUGGCACAGUACCACAAGUGGUGUGUUAAUGCCCUCACCCAUGGCAGUACCUGAGACACAGGGAAUAAGUGAGACCCCUGUGUCACUGACUUGAAUCAUCAUAAUCAUAUAGUUCUGACUUUACUAUAAAAUAUAUGACAGUACUUCUGGCUUCCCAAUGGCCACCAGCUUUUUCCUCACACCUUUGGCAAUGUGUCACAGGUCAUACUCAUGCCAGAUAUCAGCAUGUGAGUCCCUCAAGUGCACCCUCACACUUGGAUGCCUGUCAGUGGCCAGAGUUUCAAUACUGCAUCCAUGGGCCUGUUAGUAAUAAUGAUUUUAUUAUUACAUUUACAUUUACGUCAUUUAGCAGACGCUCUUAUCCAGAGCGACUUACAAAUUAUUAUUCUCCUAAAGGUACCUAUGUUAGGCUAGCUACAAAAUAUAGGUUAGGCUAUAGCUGACCUCAACGUGUUGCAGGCAUCUCUCUAAUCCCUCCGUCUCCAACCAGUAGCUGUUCUUCACUUCGGUCACAUGCACAGUCUCCUGGGCGAGGAUCAGGUGGGAAGCAGAGUCCAGGAUGGUGUAAGUGCCAAAGGAGGCACAAGGCCUGGCGAAUCACACCGUGCGUCUCCAGAUACGAUUAGUGGACUGUCACCAAUUGUAGCCAGAAUGGCCUCAAUGUGCUGGGUCCACAUGUAGUUAACCUCUGGCACAAUGUAGAUGCUCUGUUGGUUUGCGAACUGUCACAGUGACAUGGACACCAGGCUGAGGAGGUGACAUGUUUCCACAAAAGUGGAGUGGGAGCCGCCAGUAAGGGAGACCGCUGACGGCAUCAACAGAUUCCCUGCAAACAACUUUCCCACACUGGUCUGGGACUCCCACUUCCUCCUGUGGCCGACAACACACUGUCUCCAUGGUGAUGGCAAAACCACUUAUUUUCAGGGAUGAACUGAUGACACCUGCUCGACAUCCUGGCUCAAGGCAGACAUUGAACAACUCCUUCAGCUUGCUAUCAAAGACUAUGUAUUUCGGAUCUUGCACACACUCUUUGAUAGUAUAUCUUGGCUCGCACUGUGAUGAUUGUGAUUCUGAGCUCAGGUUCAUACAGCGAGUUCUGGUCUUCGUUGAUCUCACUCUCCGUCAGCUCCAUCUGUGGCGUAUAGGGGCAGGACUCGGUUGUAUACUGAUGGUCGUGAGCUCAAUCUAGCUGGGCCUCGAGCUCUUUAGUGAUGGUCCCAGUGGACCUCUUCUCCACCGCAGCACAGGAACAGUCUGGCAUGCUGUACUAACCGUUCUUUCCUGUUGGUAGAAAACAAUUAAGGCAUCUAUUAGGCUAUAGGUAUAUUCAAGAAUCACUGCAUAUACUGUAGAUUGUCCAUUUUAUAUCCAAAAUGGCCUCAGGGAUGACAGACUGUGUCUGGAAAUAAACAAUAGCCUUAAAAAUAACAUGGAUUUGCUUGUACCUCCUCUGCCUCCUCCUGCACAGUCUCCUCCAGGAUGAAACUCUUUUCAGGUAUAAAGAUGUCAUCCUGAAAACAAACAAACGUUUUGUUAAGACAAUUGAACCCAAAUAUAUCAGUUGGCGUUAACAAUCUACCUGUCUUGUAUGCUAUGUCAACACACACACACACACAGCAAAUACAGGGACAUUUAUUUUUCAGCAAAAAUUAGCUAUGUCAACUUCAGUUUAGCUAAAUUAGGUGGAGCUAACAAACCAUUCCAAAAACAAAACUGUCAACAAAAUGUAUUACAGUACUUGACUGAGAUGGAAGCUAGCUACAGUAACUACCUAAUAACAGGGCUACACAGAGAAACUGUGUUGCAAUUUUAGUGCAAUUUUAGUUGCAGUUGAGUUACUUGCUAACGUUAGUUGCUGGGGGGUGUUACACAAAACACUUCAGACGCAAUUAGCUAGUUACCUUCAACUAGAGUUGCAACAAAGUUGUCCAGUGUCUAACGCUAGCCUAGUCAACAACAGUCAUGACUCAUGACCGGUUAACGUUACCUCAGGUUCCAUUGACUCGCGUCGCCCUCCGUUCAGUCCGGCUUUUGCUUGACUCGGAAGUCAGCGAUGUUGAUGAUGGUCGGUCUGUAACCCAUACAACAUAACCAUCGAAAUUGAAAAUGGAGCGGCAAGCAGAGGGCUUCAACGUAGGCCUAUGACUCCUUUCCAUUCGAAACUCCCGGUUGCCGCAUCGAAAGUGCCCUUCAUCGCAAAGUCUUCCUCCGCGAUGUGGUGGCUGCAGAUCCUGCUAGCUCGAGCUGACACGUCCUUCCUCUUCAGGACAUGGAGCCACUUCUUGAAAAGUUGUGGGUCCUUGGGCAGCCUAUGGUAGCUUACCGAGGGAUUUAUUUUGGAGCCAAUUCCUACAGCCUGGUGCUAUACAGUUCAUGUUUGAAUUACUACUUGUUAUUGCCAUCUUCGUUGUCUGCACCUAACCUCACUCUCUUCGAUUCACUCUCCGCACGAAAACUACAUACCACAGACAAUUAGCUGAUUCCUGCCAGUGACGCUCUGGCGUCAGUCGUUACUAUGGCAAUUUAAAAUGGUGCUGACCAUAGAUCAAAUAAACCUUGUCGACGAUCAAAAUACUAAAUAUAGAAAUGGUUUUAUGUCAAAUGCACGUUUAUUAUUAGUGGAUUGAAUACAUCUCUUUGCUUAGAUUUAUUUCGUAAAGUGUUUCCAUUCCCCUUUUAAGUUGUUUACAUUAUUCUGGAUUGCCCCAACAUGUCCGGACCUGGGGGCAGGUGUUGGACACACAACUAUUUUUACCUUCUCCAACUCUGGUUGUUCCCAUAAAGAAUCCUACCCGUCUCACUUUAUACCAUGGGCGCAUUUUGACAAGCCUAAAUCAAAUAGUAUUUAUAUUCUGUCCCCAGUAUUCCACACACAGGGGAUGAUGAUGGCCUCGAUUAGUACAAUUAGUUUGUCAGGUUAAGGAUCAGUCCCACGUCAAUCAGAGCCUUCUCAUACAAAAACGAUGCAUGUUGUCUAAUCUCAAAGGCUAGAAAUCCUAAAUUGCUCCUUUCUGCACAGGAACGUGACAGACUGAUGCUCUGCAAAAAGAAACGAAGAAAAACCUUCAAGCUACCACCUAAAGUAAGACUACUGCUCCCUCUACCAUUCUGUUUGUGUGUGUGUGUGUGUGUGUGUGUGUGUGUGUGUGUGUGUGUGUUUUGUUUUAUAGUGUUUCUUUGUUGUGUUCUAUGUCUCUGGUCACACACUUCUGGUCCAGCGGUGUUGUCACUAAGCAACAGUCUCUUCUCAUGUUGCUGAUGCGCUGGUUCUGUCUAAUUGGGGUCAGAUGGUGCGCGUGCGUGCAUGGGUUCCUAAGUGUGUGUGACUGUGUUUAAUUAGGCUCAUGGGGAACAAAGACACCUGUUUGUUAAUCUCUUCCAAACUCAGUCAGAAUGAUAGGUAGAUGAGGUGUUGAUGAUCAGGACAGGAGAGGAGGAGCGAUUCGAGCAAUUGGGCUGGGUCCUCGAGAGAGGUAGCAGAGUCGGUGAUGUAUGUUGCUAAAAGAUUUAACACACUCCCUGCAUCUAUAACUGGAGCUGGUUACUGGGACUCUCACUCUCAAACUGGGAAUGGAACGGAACAAACUUACUGGGAGAGUCUGACUGGAAUGGGAAAGUACACUGCUGCUACCUCACAGGCCUGGAAACUAUCUUAAAGAGGAUUGGUGGAUGGUAGUUAACACUCCUCUCUCUCUGUGUCUGCUAAGUGCGUGACUGAGACAGCCCUGCCUCAGAGCUCAGUGCUAGAGGACACUAUAGAUCGCCUUCGAGGAUACUAUCUUUGUCGGGAGGUUUAUGCACCAGUAUGUAUGAGUAUUUCCAGCUCGUCCUCUCCUUCUCCUGAUUCAUCUGCCUGUGUGCUGUGGUCUGUCUCCUUCUCCUGCUUCAUCUGCCUGUGUGCUAUGGUCUGUUUCUACUUCUCCUGCUUCAUCUGCUUGUGUGCUAUGGUCUGGUUCCUUCUUCUGCUUCAUCUGCCUGUGUGCUAUGAUCGUCCUCACCCUCUUCUCACUUGGCUUUCUGUCAGUGACGAUGACUCCGUGGGGCAUCUAGACUACUGUUUCCCCCCCCCUUCCCCUUUUUCCCUCUUCCCCCCCCCCCCCCUUCCCUCCCCUUCCCUCCCCUCCCCCCUCUUUUUUUUUUUUUUUUUUUUUUUUUUUUUCUUUUUUCUUUUUUCCCCCCCCCCCUUUCCCCCUUUCCCCUCCCCCUCCUCCCCCCUUUUCUUUUUCCCUUUUUUUCCCCCCCUUUCCCCCCCUUUUUCCCCCUUUCUUCCUUUUUUCCCUCCCCCCCCCCUUUUUUCUUUUCCCUUUUUUCCCCCCUUUUUUUUUCCCCCCCCCCCUUUUUUUUCCCCCUUUCCUUCCCCCCUUUCCUUUUUCCCUUUUUUUCCCCCUUUCCCUCCCCCCUUUUUUUUUUCCCCCCCUCCCCUCCCCCUUUUUUUUUUUUCCCCCCCCUUUUUUUUUUCCCUUUUCCCCCUUUUUUCCCCCCCCCCUUUUUUUUUCCCCCUUUUUUUUUCCCUUUCCCUCUUUUCUUUUUCCUCUUUUUUUCCCCCCCUUUUCCCCUCCUCCCCUCUCCUCUUUCCCUAAAACCCCUUUUCUUUCCCCCUUUUUUUUCCCCCCUUUUUCCCCUUUCCCCCCCCUUUCUUUCCCUCCCCUCCCCCUCCCCCUUUCCCCCCCUUUUUUCCUCCCUUUUCUGGGCCCCUUUUUCCCCCCCCUUUUUUUCCCCCUUUCCCCUUUUUUUCCCCCCUUUCCUCUCCCUUCUUUUUUCCCCCUUUCCCCCCCCCCCUUUUUCCUUUUUUUCCCUUUCCCUCCCCCCCUUCUUUUCCCCCCCCCCCCCCUUUUCCCUCUUUUUUUUUCCCCCUUUUUUUUCCCCCCCUUUUUUUUUCCCCUUUUUUUCCCCUUUUCUUCUUUUUUUUUUUUUUUCUCCUCUCCCCCCCCCUUUUUUCUCCCCCCCCCCUUCCCCUUUCCCCCCCCCCUCCCCCCCCUUUCCCCCCCCCCCCCCCCCCCCACCUCCCCCCCCCCCCCCUCCCCCCCCCUUCCUCUCCCCCCCCCCCCUUUUCCCCCCCCCCCCUUUCCCCCCCCCCCCCCCCCCUUUUUCUUUUCCCUCUUCUCCCCCCCCCCCCCUCCCUUCCCCCUCCUCCUCCCCCCCUCCUCCCCCCCCCUUUUCCCCCUCCCCCCCUCUCCCUUCCCCCCCCCCCCCCCUCCCCCCCCCCCCCCUCCCCCCCCCCCCCCCCCUUUUUUCCUCCCUUUUUCCCUCUCCCCCCCCCCCCCCCUUUUUCUCCCCAAGGGAAAUUUUAGACUUUUUUGGUUUUAGGGGCCUGGGGCCCGGGGCCGUUUUUUUUUUAAACCGCCCUCAAGACGCCCCCUCCCCCCAAAAUUUGGGAAAGGGGGGGUUUUUAGGGGGGGUUUUUUUUGGGAAGUUUUUUUCCAGGUGGGGGGUUUUAAAUUCCCCCCCCCCAAAAAUGUUAAAACCCAAACCCCCUUUUAAAACCCGGGGGUUUUUUUUUUUUAUUCCCCAGGGUGAUCCGUGAAGCGUCAGGCUGAGAUUCAGACAACUGGACCCGAGGAGUACCAGGGCUCUCCAGCGGGCCUACCGCCCCUCUACAGGAACAGACUGGGGGGUACCUGGACGGCUCGAGAGAGAGGCCAGGGUGAGUAACUUUAACCCUUAACUCCUACGGCCUACCCUUGAUAUCCCUCAGUAGACUCCAAAUGUGACCAUCACUGUCUCAAAACAUGAGCUGUCUUGGAAGGCUGCAGGGUGUGCAGGCUUUUGUUCCAGCCCAGCACUAACUCACCCGAUUGAACUAACUUGACUCUGGUCUCUGAUUGGCUGCAUUCCCCUUCCCCCAGAACCGUGAGCAGCUGCAGGCGGAUCUGAUUGGGUGCCAGGCGAAGAUCGCCGACCUGGAGAAGGCAUUGGCCGAGAGGGGGCAGGUAAAAGAGGAAAAGGGUGGGAAGAAGACGGGGAGGUCCCUGGCUGCUCCGCUCUCAUUGGCCCUGCUGCUUGUCUGUCUGGGGGCUUUGCUUUUGGCCUGGUGCUACGCCGACCGGAUCUGCCGCAGGAUCCUGUGAUGUCACUCUGAUGACGUCACAACUCUGCCUUGUGUGCAUGCUCCACUGUCGUUGACAGUAUUUUCAUUUAUAUGGUCUAUUUUCUCUGGAAAAUAGAAUCAGCAUUUAUCUACUCAUGAUCAUGAGCAAACUGAUUGAAUGAUACAUCCUCAUGCUAAGCAAAUCAGCCAGUCAUAUCAAAUUGUACCUACCAUUUACAAAUAUGACUCUGAAGACACAAGGUUAAUAAAAAAAAAACAUGUAUUGUCUUAAUUAUAUCACAUUAUGUGGAAAUCAUCUUAAAUCAGUUCCUCUGUAAAGAUAUAUCAAUUUGAUUAUUUCCUUGUAUUAGUAAUCAUAUUUGUAAAAGCACAGAGUGAAAUACGUUUUGAGAAGUGUAUAUGGAUUUUGGGGUCAAAACCAAUGGAUGCCAAAUGCAUCAUAAUGCAAAUCACAUAUAUUGUUCAAUCUUAUUGUUGAUUGCUCAGCCUGAUAUCAAUAGAUUGAAUAGAUCUAAGACCGAGCAGGGUUUCACAGAGGUCGAAACUCAUAGCAACCUCCAUCAUUCUCUGGUACCUGUUGCAUGCCUCACAUAUACUGCAUGUUUCCUGUUUGUGUCACUGUGGCCUUGUUGCACUUUUUGUUGCACUGCUCUCACCACUGGUGCCUCAAUAUUCCUGAUUCUCUGUUCAGCAUGACUUCUGAGCACUUUUCUCUGUAAUUCUGGUGGUGGACUUUCUCUCUGUUUCUUUUUGGUUCAAUAAAACCAUGUUACAGCAAUAUCUUUUGUGUUUGUCUUGUGGUUGCAUGCGUGUGUUCACUAUUUGAAUGCAUUAUUUCACUUAUUUUGGCCUUGUGGGUCUCAGUUCAGAAACGGACAGUUUGGGCUAUUACUGACCAGGUGUGGCUGAAUCUCUUUAGGUUGAGGUGCUCAUGCAUGUACAUUGUACAGUAUCCCCUAUGAGUGGCAAGGUGCUCUUUUCUCCCAUAUGAUUCUGUAUUGUGAUACUUUAGUUUUCCUCUGAGGUGUGUGUAACUGUGUUUCUCCAGGACUCUAAGUGGGUGGAGGAGAAGCAGUACCUCAGCAGGACCAAUCAGGAACUCCACAACAAGGUAAGGUACCUCCUACUCCUCUGUCACUCAACACAGUCCUGUGAGCCAUCUGGAAGGGAAGGACACUAGGAUAGGGAGCAUUUGAGUGUAUACUUUAUUAGAUACAUUAUUUAUCCAACGUGGCGGGAAAUACAAAAAUAUGUGUGUGUUUGUAGAUGUGUAUGUUACAGCGAGCUGAGUGGAAGCUGCAGGCGGAGGUGCAGGACGCGAGGGACCAGAAUGAGUUGCUGGAGUUCAGAGUGCUAGAACUGGAAGUAAGAGAGUGUACCACCAUCAAACUGUCCCCAGGGGGCAACACCGGCCUCCAGUCCCCACGCAGGACCUUCAUACAGUGACCAGAACACACACACACAAGAGCUCUCGUAGAGGAGGCUGGUGGGAGGAGCUAUAGGAGGACGUGUUUACUCCAUUCCAUUAAUUCCAUUCCAGCCAUUACAAUGAGCCCGUCCUCCUAUAGCUCCUCCCUCCAGCCUCCUCUGGCACGUAGUACCAUGUACACACACACACACAAACAUACACACUACUGUGCCUCGACCCAUUGUAUGUACCUUGUAUUUCCUCGCUUUGCUUUCUGACCGCCUUACCAUCCCCACUGAACUGGAAAAGUUUUAUUUUUUUAAUUGAAAGAGAAUGUUGUCUUAAGUGAGAAUUUUGAAUGGAAUAAAAUGUAUUUAAGUUCACCAUCCACCCAUCUUUGUUCAUUUGUCUCUCCUCCUUGCAUGUAGUUGUUCUUAAGUUUCUUUAUGUUAAUUAAAAUGUAGUUGUAUGCACAACAUUCAAAUCAUCAGUCACACGUGUCCUAGAUCUCUUGAUUGUUCUCCAUAAUAGAAGAUUAUCGACUGCAUGGCUUUCCUCCUUUCAGGUUUCACCUACUGUUUCUAUCAUCAACAAACUCUGCCUUCAACAACUGAUGUAG